AUGCUGAGCUUCCUCCUGCUGCUGGUGGCCGGCGGGUGCUGGGCUGCCGUGCUGCCCAACUCCCGGGUGGUCAAUGGGGAGGACGCUGUGCCCUACAGCUGGCCCUGGCAGAUCUCUCUGCAGUACGAGCGCGAUGGCAGCUACCGGCACACCUGCGGGGGCACCCUGAUCGCCCCCAACUGGGUGAUGACCGCCGCACACUGCAUCUCCUCCACGCUCACCUACCAGGUGGUGCUGGGCGAGUACGACAUGGGCACUGCAGAGGGUCCUGAGCAGGCCAUCCCCGUGGCCUCUGACGACAUCUUCGUUCACCCCCAAUGGCGAAGCUACUGCGUGGCCUGCGGCAAUGACAUCGCCCUGCUGAAGCUGCAGCGCCCGGCCGUGCUCAGCACCCAGGUGCAGGUGGGGCACCUGCCCCCGCCGGGCACCGUGCUGCCCGACGGCUACCCCUGCUACCUGAGCGGCUGGGGGCGGCUCUCCACGGGGGGCCCUCUGCCCGACCGGCUGCAGCAGGCCCUGCUGCCCGUGGUGAGCUUCGAGCGCUGCACGCAGCCGGACUGGUGGGGAGCGCUCUCCAUCCGCCGCACCAUGAUCUGCGCCGGCGGCGCCGAGCGGGCAGGCUGCAACGGCGACUCCGGAGGGCCCCUGAACUGCCAGGCUGAGGAUGGCACCUGGGAGGUGCAUGGCAUCGCCAGCUUCGUCUCCGGGCUGGGCUGCAACGCCGAGAAGAAGCCAACAGUCUUCACCCGGGUGUCUGCCUUCGAGGACUGGAUCCACGAGGUCAUGAGCCAGCACUGAGCGUGGCAGCGGCAACGGUGAGCUCCCAGCGUGGCAUCAGGCAAAUAAACCACAGCUGUG